AUGGCUGCGUCCACCAUGUCCGUCCGCUCCAGCGACGUGAACCCCUCCUGGCAGGUGGACGACUGCCCCGAGAGCUGCUGCGAGCCCCCCUGCUGCACCACCAGCUGCUGUGCUCCCACCUGCUGUGUUCCCACCUGCUGUAACUCCUCCUGCUGCACCCCCACCUGCUGUGCCCCUGCCCCCUGCCUGACCCUCAUCUGCACCCCAGUGAGCUCUGGGCCCAGCCCCUGCCAAUCAGUCUGCACCAGCUCCUGUGAGCCCUGCUGCCAGCAGUCUAGCUGCCAGCCUGCUUGCUGCACGUCCUCUCCCUGCACGUCCUGCUGUGUGCCCAUCUGCUGCAAGCCCGUCUGCUCUGUGCCCACCUGUUGUGGGGUUUCCCCCUGCCAGGACACUUCCUGCUGCCAGCAGUCUAGCUGCCAGCCUGCUUGCUGCACGUCCUCCCCCUGCACAUCCUGCUGUGUGCCCGUCUGCUGCAAGCCUGUCUGCUGCAAGCCUGUCUGCUCUGUGUCCACCUGCUGUGGAGAUUCCUCCUGCCAGGACACUUCCUGCUGCCAGCAGUCUAGCUGCCAGCCUGCUUGCUGCACGUCCUCCCCUUGCACGUCCUGCUGUGUGCCCGUCUGCUGCAAGCCUGUCUGCUGCAAGCCUGUCUGCUCUGUGUCCACCUGCUGUGGAGAUUCCUCCUGCCAGGACACUUCCUGCUGCCAGCAGUCUAGCUGCCAUCCUGCUUGCUGCACGUCCUCCCCCUGCACGUCCUGCUGUGUGCCCGUCUGCUGCAAGCCCGUCUGCUGCAGACCCUCCUCCUGCGUGUCCCUCCUCUGCCGCCCCGUGUGCAAGCCCGCCUGCUGCAUGCCCCCCUCCUCCUGCUGUGCCCCCGCCUCCUCCUGCCAGCCCAGCUGCUGCUGCCCGGCCUCCUGCGUGUCCCUCCUCUGCCGGCCCGCGUGCCCCCGCCUGGCCUGCUGCGGCUGCACCUCAGCCCGGACGUCCUGCUGCUGA